AUGAGGCCCAACGCCCUCAACAUCUCCAGUCCACAUUCACACCAGCGCACCAAAGUGUACUACACCUACCGAGUGGCCGAGUUCAUUUACAUUUACACUGGAAGAGACUGGUCCAACUGGUUGCUGAGGGAGCAGGUGCUCUGCUCUGCGGUGGACUCCAAAACACCAGAACUUUACAACCGCUGCAAAGUAGAAGAGCUUCUGAUGAGUCCUGGGUUGAAAUAUGCCCAGCCGAGCACACUGAUCGGACGCACUGAUGUAAACUCAGUGACAAACUGGAACGCACCGCUGGUCUGGGAGGGGACCUUUGACCCCGUGGUCAUGGACGUCAUCUAUAAACGAGAAAAUCCGAGGAUCGCUGUGCUGGUUUUAGCUGUUGGCAAGUACACUCAGUUUUUGAAAGGAUUUCUGGAGACGGGAGAGAAGUAUUUCUUUGUUGGAUUCAGAGUGACGUACUACAUCUUUACGGACAAGAAAGAAAACGUUCCGAAGAUUCCUCUAACUCCAAGGAAGAAACAUCUCGAUCCACGAUGUGCCCAGUGCAAAUCGAUGGCAGGACGUGGUACUGAGCAAGAUGAAGUGGGCCAAACUUGCUUUAGAGACAUGGCUCCACAGAGAGGCUGACUAUCUGUUCAUGAUGGACGUGGACAGUGUUUUUCGUGGCCGUGUUGGAGCAGAGGCCUUGAGUCGGCUGGUUGGCACGCUCCACCGAGGAUACUACAGGACAACAAAGCGUGAGGACUUCCCUUAUGAGCGGCGUCCUGAGUCACAGGCGUACAUCCCGCCGACAGAGGGAGACUAUUACUACACUGCAGCCGUGUGGGGAGGGCUCCUGGACGACAUGUACAGGCUGG